GAUAGUUGCGAAAUUCGAGCUGUUUUUGUUGCCUCAUCACUUUUUUCUGUUUCUUUUCUCACCAAACUCUUAUUCAAGAGUUUAUGGGGCGAAAAUCUGCAAUUCUAGCUGUAAUUCUUGCUAUAAUAUAUUUCAGAAGUAAUUUCAGUAAAAUGUCAAAUACACCGGUGCAGGAGACUGAGGGACCGGUCUACGUGGCAUAUUCCAUGGAAGAUAUGCUAAAAUCGCCCAGAGACUUGUAUAAAAGCGUCAAGGAAGUGGCGAAAUUCGUGAACUCGGCCGAAGGAAAAAGCAUGUCGGCUCGUUUUAAGAAAUUCGGAACGCCACGAGAAGCGAUGGACUUUCUCGCGUACGGAGAUGCGCCGACGACACCGAAAACCGUGCCGCCCGUCGCCCCAACUGAGCCAAAUUCACCGUUUUCCGGUGUAAAUCGCAUUCAAAUGAAUGAAUUCAAGAAAUAUGUGGAAAAAGGAGAUAUGGAGAAUUUUUUACGCCUCGUCGAUUCGAAUCCACGUUUUCUCGUGAAUACCGGUGGUGACGUGGCAUCAAUUGUGAUGGAAGGAUUCCGUUAUAAUGCUCUACACAUUGCCGCCAAAGCCGGCCAAACGGAAAUAAUCGCAAAAAUUCUGGAACUCAUUCAAAAUAUCGAUUUUCUGAUUCGCCUGUACGGCACCGGCGCCGAUGACGUCACGCUACGAAAAAUCAAUAUUCUGGAUUCAUAUUUAAAUACGCCGGACAAAGGAAACUCGGAUACCCCACUACAUUUUGCUUCGAAAUUCGGAAAAAUCGGCGUUGUUCGAGUUUUGACUGAAAAUUCCGCGACGGAUAGGACACUGCUCAACAAAUCCGGAAAAAGCGCGUUGGAUUGUGCCGGCGAACGAUAUACGGGAGAGGAUAAGGAUAUGGUGCAACGGGAUAUUCAUUUGGCUAUUGAGGGUUUCUACGUAUUUCUGCACCGAAAUCCAACAACCGGCUCCACACAGCUUACAGUAUCCCAGAAGCCGCCGGCUACCUACAGUACCUCGCCGACCACAGCUACAGUAACCGUGUCAGCACAGGCGGGACCAUUUUUCACGGAGCGAGAAGCUCGAGAUUUCGCAAAAAGCUGGCAAACCGCGGGAAAAGAGCUGAAACGAACGGAUUUCGAUAAAGGAUGGGAACGUGUCGGCCGUGUGCUCGCCGAGCAAUCAGAAGCCAUGUGGCGAGAGACUUGGCACUUCUUGGGCUCUAUGGAGCUUCUCGAUUUGGGCUCCGAGCAGGGACUGGGCGUGCUGGAAGCGUUUUUACGCGAAAAACGGCGAGGAAAUCUGAGAAAUUCUGAGAUUUCCGAAAUUUCCACGAAAAAAUCGAUAUUUCGACGAGGAAUUCACGCUAGAAAGUUGGAUUUUGGAAUUUUGGAUGGAGAAAAAUCGGCGGAAAUAUCUGAAAAUUUAACCCCAGACGGAUCCGAUUCCGCUGACGACGAAGACGACGAUGACAUAUUCUACGACACAUUCUCUGAAAUUCCGGCCGCCGCUGAAAAAUCGAUAAACGAUCCGGACGACACGCUCGGAAGUCUCACCGAUCGAUUUGCGGCGAUUUCGAUUUUUUCGCCGUUGCCGCCGCCGCCGCCGCCGCAAUGGUCAAAUUCGCCGAAUUUUGAUUAUUCUGAAGGCGAGGAUUCGUUUGCGACGCCGCCGACAACGCCGCCGCCGACUUUUGUGGCAGAUGAUGAGCCAUGCAAGAUCGACAACGACUUAUUCGAAGUUUUGGCUCAAAUUUCAUCUGAAUUGAUCUCCAAAUUCCCGCUCACUCAAGACUACGUUCAGAAACUGGGAAAAUUGACGGCUCAUGACAGAUCCACGUGGCGUCCGAUCGAUUCGCCGGCCCGAUGCGAUUCCAGGCGAAAAAUUUAAUAAUUUUAAUAGUUUUACGACAUUUCCCACACUUUUUUUAAUCAUUUUUCCACUGAAACAUAUCUGAAAAUCGAUCUUUUUUUUUUUAAUUUAUUAAAAAUUCUUGUAAAUACCGAAUGAAACUUUGACAACUUGAG